CACUUUCUGCAGCACUUCCUCGCCGCCCCGUUUAAGGUUUAGAGCCUAAAAUUCCCACUUUCCCGCGCUGUCAGGAAGCUGCGGGGAAGGCGAAGGGGAAGCCCGUGUUUUGAAUGUUGCGUUUGCCGAGAGCCGCUCGAGGUUUGGCCGCGCCGAGACGCUGUAGUCGCGCCGGGCCGGGGCCGCCUCCAUCUUCCAGCGGUUCAGGGCUGCAGGACGUGAGCGGAGCCGGGAGCCGCCCCACCCACCCUCCCUCCCUUCCCGUCACACUAGCCGGCCCUGAAGAGCGGCGGGGAACCGCAGCCCAGCCUUCGGUCUCCGGAUUAUACAAGUGAAUUUGACAUGGAAAAUAUGGAAGUCAAAGCUAAAGAUUAUACAUUCCCAAAAGAAAGCCAUUCCAGUUCAGUGUUUCAUUUGACACGCGAACACCUUGAACUGUUGGUGAUUUGGUCACACUGUCACGGCAAUCAGUGCACAUUUACCCCAAUUUGGAGAGAGAUUGUUGAAGAACACCAAAAUGGAGUCCUAGCAAUUCUGUGGGAGUGCGAAGCUGGUCACUCCUACCACUGGUGGACUGGAGGUGUGUGUCAGUUACCAUGUGAUCAAGAGAAAUCCAGAGCUCAGUUCCCUGCAAAAUCUAAACAUUUGGAAGAUGAUUUGGCAACAUCUGGACAAAUACGAAAGGCACAUAGAAUUAAGACUGCUGACAAUGAUUUAGCCAAAGAAAUGGAUUCAUCUGAUGGCUCUUGCAAGCCUUUUCUACCAACCAGUGUUAAGACAGCUUGGAAUGGAACAUCAGUUUCACACGCACUUUCUACCCAUCAUUCAUGGAGAGAAACAACGUUUGCUGCUGACAGAGAAAAAUUGGGUGUCAGUGGUGCAACAGGUAAAACAUCAACUGGUAACAGACCUGAAAUUGUUUACAUAAAAACUGAAAAAGAAGAAACCACAGAUUAUAAUAAGCACUGUGAGAUCAAAGAUGAAAAUAGAAGUCAGAAUCGAGAGCCGAAGAAAUAUCAUUUGAGCAAUAGUUCCUUGGUUGUAGGGCAAUCAUCUGAACAUUACAUGUGUUCAGCUGACACCUGCAAUAUGUCAAAUGGCUGUAGAAAACGAUCAUCUUCAUUCACUGAUGACCAGUGUUCUGAUCCAUCACUAAUGUCUCACUGUAAUAGCGGCAAAUUGCAUGUUGCAGAGCACCACUCCCCUCAUCCAGUUUCCAGAGGACCUUGCUUAGUGGAGAACACCAUGAAGCCAUCAGACAUGUCAGCAGGGCAUUACUGUAUUGGGUCAACUAAGCCAACAAAUCAGAAUCAGAGUGGUGCAAAUCUGGGGCCUCUUUUAGAUUCCGAAUAUGGUCGAUCUUUAACCCAUAAUUCUGAUGUUGACGAACCUGAAUUGCAGUGCAACAGUCCAGUACUUGGACAGGAGGGAGUUGUAGAGUUUUUGCAUACUAUUUUGAAAGCUGACGUCGUGGACGAGAUCUUCUCUAAUGCUCGAUUAGCAAAUGAAAUUGAUGUUGAAGUUUUGACAGAGAAUCUCAGUGGGAAGGAAGCUGUUCUUCUGGAUCCUGGAAUUCAGACAAGUGCACGAAUGUAUUUCAGUGCUGGUGGAUGGGCAGCAGUUGCCGCAGCACUUGAAGUAUUGGGAGAGGCCUUGGAAAGGAGCAAAGGUGGCCAAGAUAUGGAAGACUCAAUAACAGAAGUUUCAGAUUCAGGACCAGAACUAAUGAUCAUGAAUCCAUAUCCAUCUUGUAAUAUCCUCAAUGCCACAGCAAUGGAUGAAGAACAAAUCGUUGUUGCCCAUGUACCUGCUUUGCUCCCUUCAGCAGAUGAUAAAAAGAGAAAAGUUAAAUAUCCCGUGACCAAGGGAGAAAUUAGAAGGCGUAUUAUUCCCCCUGAAAAAAUGUCCAAAACAGUCAUUAAAAGCUACCUGAGAUUAAGGAGGGAUAACCGCUUUGAUAUCCGCCAGCUUCUGGAUCUACCUGUAACUGGUUAUGACCGAACCCUCCAUACGUCUUUUACUCGACUCUGUGAGGGAGAGGCAAAAACACUGACAGAAAACUUUCACCAGCUGAACCUUGGCUACUUUCCUGUUGAUGAAUGUGCCAGCAUGAUGGCAGAAAACGCUGCAGCUUCAGAAAUAUAUGCAGCAAGAAAGGUGAUUGAAGAUCUUGACUCAAUCAUGAACAAUUUUAUGUGGCAGGAACAUCCAUAUAAUUUAAUCACACAUGGAUUUGGUCCGCAGAACAUCAAGGUGGUUUUGAACUUGAUAAAGCUACUUCUACGAGAAUCACUACGAAAAUCCUCAUCCUGAUGCAGGCAGACUGGAAUUUGUAUUUUUUUAAAUCAAAAUAGUGGAAUUCAUUCUUGUUUCUUGUCUGUUUAUCCUAUUCACAUGUAACUAGCUUUGUAAGGAUAUUUACAGAAAUGCUCUUUUAUAAUAUAAUUUAUACAGAAGCCCCUCUCUAUAAGACUGUCAAUGGGACAUCUUUGUAUGAAUUUGUGUGGAAAAUUGUAAAAGAGAAGGCAUCUCAUGAGUUUUCUUAGACGAUUAGAAAAGAUUGUAUAUAUUUGUUGUAGUGAGUGGCUACUGUACUUCAAAAUAAAAUGUACACCAAGAAAAUAGUGUUAAAUGUGAAAUGUUUACAUGAAUCAAAUGAACUAUAUGCUGUUAAAUGGUUAAAGUAUAAAAGCAUUGUUUAAUUUAGCAAAUUUUAAAAAUUAUUAUUUAUAAAGUAUAUACAGACAGCUAACUGAAGCUCAUCUGAAAACAGCAAAUCCAACCUGAGAUUUUACAAAAUUCAUUUCUAUGCACAAAAGUGUAAAUUAGCAUAAAAAUAUUGAAACUUCAGGUUUGCCGCUGUUACUUGGUAAUUAAAUUAAUAGAGGUUUCCUGAAUAGGAUCAAGUUUUGGUAUUUCUACUCAAUUGAGAUUAGCGUAAUCAGUCCAAGAUCUAAAAAUUCUGUUUUUGUGAAUCUGUACAAUGGAAGUAUAAAUAGGAAAUAGUGAAAUGUGGAGUAAAAGGUGUAUAAUUAAUCAUUUCUCAUCUGUGUAUCGCAAUGCUUCAAAAUUGGUGUUGGAAACAACUUCAGGUGAGAAAAUGUAGAUUAAGUCAAGGAUUUUAAUGAAUGACUAGUGGAAGGCUUAAGUAUAUUACAGGGAUUCACCUGUAAUGUAUAUGAACAGAAAGAGUUAAGUAGCUGGAAAAUGGUGAUCAAAAUCAGUUUUUUUUUUUACCUUGAACAUUGUAGUACUCAUUACAUGACAUAUGACAGGAAAAUAAGUCUUGAAGUGCAAGGAACAUAGGAAACCGACAAGACACAGCAGGUGUUUUCUCACACAUCAUGUCACCUAAUUAAGAAAGGGUUUGGAGGUUUUAAGUAGCAAUCAAAUAGUGAUUCUUCUCCAAAGAUCUAAAGUUGGAGUGAGAGGUAAUGCACUAUUAUUGGCAAUGACAAUCAUAAAUGUUCUCAAUGCAUAUGCUUCGUGGGACUUCCAACAGCCAUAGAGUUAGCUGUCUUAUAGUAAUGCUGCUGCUUUAGUGAGGUUGCCACAAUUCUGAAUGGUACUAAGGUUCAGAAACAAGACCACUCUUCUUUUGGAAGAGCCAGGUAUGAGUCUCAUUUCACUGCUUCUUAGGUCCAGAUAUUAUACAGAUGGUUUACGUGUUGGCACUUGUGUUUUUUUGACCCCUGAAUAGUCAUUAUGGGAACUUUAGAAUUUGAUGCAAAAUAAGUGUAAAUGCAGUGCUCUCAGCAAUGGCAAGUAUGCUCGCAUCUUCUGCCAGGAUGCUUCAUUCUGUGCCCUUUGCCUCAUCUUUGCUACCAUCCAUUAUUAGGUAACAAAGACUUGAAUAAGGUUACAAGGAUUGAGAAUGCAUUCCAGUUCUUUGUGAGAUCAGGGUGAUGGGUCUUAAAUAUUUUUAAGUGCAUUGAGCCUCUAAGAAGUUCUUUUUAGCUUCAGAUAUAAUUUUAAUUUAAAGAACUCACUUAUGCUAAUUCAUAAAACUACAGAUAUGCUAUGCCUAAAUUUUUCAAGUUAUCAGUUAGCACCAGUGCAAGUUGGCCAUAAAUGCAGGAAUCAUAUGAGCUGGUUUCUGCAGGAAGUAGAGCUUUGUGAAUCAGCGUUGGAGGGUUUUGGUAAUCAAUUGCUGGAAGUGGCAAAAACCAGUAGAGAUUAGCACAUAACCCAUCUUUUACUGCAAAGGUGGUAUAAAUCAGUGAUGCACAUAUUUCACUGAAAAUCUGUGCAGUGCCUUUCUGUUAUGGAUGUUAUGCUAAAAAUUCCAGUAAAUUCUUGGCCUUUGAGGUUGUUUAUCUUUUGGAUGUUUAUUUAUAAUCCUGGACUCUAUUUGGCAACAUCUUUGUACAACUUAUGUUCUUUGACUUUAAUUUCUGCACAUUGAAAGAAAGAUCAAGCAGUAAGUUGUAGCAACCCCCCAUUCUAGUCAUGUAUGUCUGGCUCUUGUGUGUUGUAAAUUCUGCUUUGGAUGUACCCUGCAACAUUGCAUUCUCUUAUUUAAAGCAGUACCACUGGCUGUUGGUCUGCUUGUGCUGGAGAGCAUGACUGAUGUACUGAAGUAUUACUUUACAAUUGUCUUCAUAGAAGAGAACCUGGAGGAAUAAGCUGGAAUAUUGGACAAUUUUGGUAAGUUCUGUCAAAGGACCAUUACUGAUUGACUAUUUCCCAACUAUGCCAUAAGAAUUUGUUUUUCUACGUGUAUCCGUUAUGAACCCCUGUGCCUGCAGUUUAAUUGGUAUGUUAUUUGCUGUGAGCUCAUUGAUUUCCUCACUGCUGUAUGAUGGCACAGAAUUUACUGACAUCAUUGAAAUCACCUGGAAAUAUAUUACUCUAAUAUGUCACUGAUGUGGGUGAUGCCUAUUGAUCUGUGACUGCAUAGAGCAGUUAAUGCAUAUUAAAAUUUUGAAGUUCCACUGCCAUGUUUGCAUGUAAUUUUUUUUUAGCUCAGCCACAUCUUUGUAGGUUGAUUCAAAGCUUCCAUAACACUACUCAAAUGUUCAUUCUGUGAUAAAGUAAUUGAGACCACUCCUGUGUGUAUUGUUGGGGGUGGUAAAUGAACAUUUUUAAGCCUAGUUUUAAAUAUCCAAUGCAUGACAGGAUUAUUUAUUUAUUAUGUUGUUUUUCCUGGUGUUGCAAUCUUUUAAACUAUCAAGAUAUCUUGAAAAGUUGAUAGUAGAGAUGGUAGGUAAAAGCUUAGUGAGUUCUAUAGGUACGUCAGUGUGUAAAUUAUGUUAAAAUCUGGUGAGGCAGGUAGCAGGUUGGGUCUUAGUCCUGCUCUCCUUCAGAAAAAUCCUUUCAGUGUAGUAUUUACUAAUUGAUGACAUCUAGUGGUAUAAAAAGGUUAUACACCACUUCACAAACCAAAAUUAUCCCAGAAAUCCUCUAAGUGUUUUUAAGUCAUCAUAAGUAUACAUACACAGUCUAAAUAUACACUAAUUUAUCAGGUAUGGAGAAAGGAAUAAUACUGGGCAAGAAUUGGAACUAUUCUUGUUAUACUUUCUCUCCGUUGGUAAGUAAAAGCUCCAAGAAACCAGAUGACAAAGGUAUAGGAUUAUGAUCCUGCAGCUUCUUAGUUGAAAUUGCUAUAUGGCUAAAAUGUAUAUCCUUAAGAAUGCAACAAAUAUAUUUCAUUGGUGAAUUUUUUUGUGAAGGACAUACAUUUUAGCUAUGUAUAUCUUUGGAUCCAACAAUAUUUAAUAAUACAUUUCUCCUUUUAUUGCAGAGAAAACCAGAUGAUUCAUUAAGGUAAUCAGGACAACCAACAUAAUAGAAAAGUAGUACAGCCAUCAUGCAGUCUUCAGAUCUUGUGAUAAUGUAGUCAACUAAUGGACUUAUUAAUUAUACGUAAUAUAUACCUUUAUACAAAAUGAAUUCUCAGUACUAAUUAUGGGAAGUGAUGAUAAUGGCCUUGGAGAAAGCUAAAGCAUGUAAGUUUAGAAUAAUUUUAAUGAUAAACUGCUACACCCAAUGCAUCUUAUACUGUUUGUUUAAAACCAAAUCCAAUGAAAAUACUGAAAACGUUAUUUAUGUAGCAUGAGACAUUGAAUAUAUGCUGCCUUUGAUGCCAUUCCUCCUUAUUUUAGUUUUUUUUGGAAAUAAGCAUAUGCUUAUUCAGCGAAUCAUUUAGUGUAAAUAUUGCAAGCUGCUACAAAUAACUAGAUGACUAUAUCAACCUUUAGCCUUUGAUCUCAACUGUGGAAUUCCUAUUUCAUAUAUAUUUUUAAUUUUUUGUAACUGUAAAUAGAGGAUUUAAGUCUGUCGUGCUUGAAGUGUGAAUAAAGUACUUGAAGCAAUGUUCUGUUUUAUUAAUAGCAUCAAACUUUCAUUUGUACUGCAUGUACCAAUCAUCCUUUCUUAUUUCAAGCAAAAACCAAACUGUUGGAAGAACUUGGCAGGUUGAGCAGCAUCUGUAGGGGAGGGGGGGAAGGAAUUGUCAAUGUUUUGGGUCGAGACACUGCAUCAGAACUGAGUGUGGAGAGAGGAUAGCCAUAUAAAGAGGAGAGGGGAAGGGGUGAGACAUAGGCCAGGAGGUGUCAAG